CAAAACCUCGAGGCGUCAUCCGCGGUAUCAGUUCGCCUUUGAGAUACUUAGACCGUCGCGCUGAACGACGGAAUCUAUUGCUGGACUAAUUAAGCGUCGCGGUUCCUCAGACUGGGUUUUUUCCCCCGCAGUAGUCGCCAUGUCCGCUCCCUCCGCUGCAGAACGCCCUUUGAAGGACAUUGAUCGCGAUUCCCUUGCCUCUGAGGACUCUGAUGCCACCGAUGAAGAGGGGUGGGAAGAUGUUGAGCCAGAUGAUGAGACACAACCGGUGGUUGGUCUCUUCUCAGACAAAGUCUACCCUGAUGUCCGCUCGAUGCUCAAAGAGAGCAAGGACAAGCACGACUUUGACCUAAGGAAACUACAAAAGGAGCUUGACCUGGACUUUUUGGAUACAAUCAAACUCGUCAAUUACAUUCGCAGUUCCGUAAAGAAAGGAAACAUGACGCCCGAUCUGUCUUCCAAGGAUAAAUUCCAGAGCGAGAUCUAUCUCAAACCUGUUUUGGAAGACGAUGCGCUUUUAUACAGUCUGGAUGAUAUUGAAGAUGAGGAACCGGGGGAAGCCGUUGGCGAAACCCAGGCCGAGCGCCAGGUAGUUGAACUUCAGGAAGAGCUGGAGCGCCUUCAAAUUCAGUUCUCGGAGUAUAGGCUUGCUGUCCAGAAAUCACUGGAGGAACAAUUGACAAAGGAAGACGAGAAGCUCCCGUUGACACCUGCUGGACGUACUAGCACUAAAGCUGAAGAAGUUGAUUCUGACUACUUCACCUCUUACGCCUAUAACGGUAUUCACGAGUCUAUGCUCAAGGACACGAUCCGUACCGAUUCCUACAGGGACUUUGUCUAUGAGAAUAAACACAUUUUCAAGGACAAGGUUGUGUUGGAUGUUGGCUGUGGAACCGGAAUUCUGUCUAUGUUCUGCGCCAAAGCAGGUGCCCGAAAGGUUAUCUCUGUCGACAACUCAAACAUUAUCGACAGGGCCAAAGAGAUCGUAUAUGAAAAUGGGUUCGGCGAUGUUAUAACAUGCAUCCGCGGCAAGAUUGAGGAAGUCACAUUGCCCGUCGAACAGGUGGACAUUAUCAUCUCCGAGUGGAUGGGUUAUGGUUUGCUGUUCGAAGCGAUGUUUGACUCUGUCAUUUACGCCCGCGAUCGCUACCUCGCUCCGGGUGGACUCAUGGCCCCCUCACACGCUACCCUUCGCAUCGCACCGCUAGCCGACCCCGACUUGGUCCAAUCACACAUUGGCUUCUGGCACGAUGUAUACGGUUUCAACAUGAAGAGUAUGCUCACUGGUAUCUACGAUGAAGCACUUGUCCGUACCGUGCCGUCAUCUGUUAUCGCUGCAGAGUCUCAGAUCUUCCUCACCCUUCCACUACACACAAUCACUGUGGAGGAAUUGUCCUUCUUGAAAGAGUUUGAGUUGACCCUGAAAGAAGACGUUGACGCUCUCGACGGUUGGGCUAUCUGGUUCGACAUUUUUUUCAUGCCGUCCAGGGAUUCUACGCUUCCGCCUAAUGCCACUCCAGCGGACCUGCAGAAGAAAGGGAUUGUGUCUUUUACCACUGGGCCUGAUGGUAAAGAGACUCACUGGCAGCAAACAAUUCUUUUAAUCGACCAUGGAAAGAAGCACGCGGCCCCGCUGAAGAAAGGCCAGCUGAUCAAAGGCAAGGUUGGGUAUCAGAAGAAGGAUUCGAACUCCAGAUCUCUGAACAUCACCGUUGAAUAUGAUGCGGGAGUCGGCGAAAGGGGAAGCCAGAACUGGGCGUUACAGUAA